UUGGGGAAAAAUCAAUAUACUUCUAAUGUCGAAUCGGAAUCGACUAGAACAGAAAUAAAGCAUUGGGUCGUACUCUUCUUUGGUGUCAAGGUGAUAGCUAUGAAUGGUCAUCGACUCUCAGUAAAGGGUAGAAGAGUGAGAUCUAUUAUGGAACAUACAAUGCAUUCCAGACGUAUGAUCAUUACGCUUCAACCCCUAUAA